AUGGCGGACAUCAAGACAAAAGUUUUGAAAGUACUAGCUAGCUAGGCUAUGUGAAGAAGUAUAAUGCAUUAUUUCCUCGUUACUUCAAGCGCAGUGCAUUUAGUGAAAUCUAUUUUCACGUGUGACCCUGUCUUUACUAGUUACCGAUACCCAUAAAGGAACGAAUGUCUUUUCAACUCUUUCAAACUUAGAAAGGCAAGUGUAGCUAGGACAACUAGCUAGCUUCCUCGCACGUUAUAGGCUUGAAUCGCUAGCUAGCUAAACUUGCAAGCUGGUUAACCUUACUUUAUAAAAACAUACUAACUAGCUUUAUAGUUUGUUAAGUGCAUUUAUUUCUAACCUUGGACUAAACAUUCAGUGUGCCGGUUUGCAUAGUAUAACAGUUUUUAAGAUUACAUUUUUGGUACUUUUACAGAGUUUAACGCCAGUUGCCAAGGGCGCGGUAGAUAACGAUGGGGAGCAUAGAUAGUAGGGGUUUGAUAAAGUGCUAGGUCAACUUUUAUUGUAUUAUCAUUAUUUUCUAAAACCUUUUUCGCAAAAGAGAAAAUGGCAUGAGAUUGUCCAAUUAUUAUGUGCCGUCUCUGAGUUAUUUUAAACGAGAUGCAGUAGCUAGGUCAAGGGUCGCAGAUGAACCCCUCGUCUUAAAUCGGUGUCUUCAAGUCCAGCAAUGUGCAGACUGCUUCGUUACUGCGUCAGUCAUUCGCUUUAUGCAGCAAUGACUAGACUAGAGGAGGUCAAUAAAGGAGUCAGUCUACCGUUAUCCAUUCGAUACUUGGGAUACUUGUCCAGUCUUAACUUACUCGUGGCUAUAUGUCUGGGCCUCUAUGUCCGGUGGGAAAGGACUGCAGAGUCCGUGAUUCUGGUCAUUUUCAUUUUGGGGUUGUUUGUCUUGGGAAUGGCCAGUAUCUUCUACUACUAUUUCAGUAUGGAGCGUAUCAGUCUCUGUCUCUUCCACCUGUGGUUUGGAUUCCUGCUGGGUUUGCUGUGUUUCCUCAGCAGCCCCACCCUGGAGGCAGACUUAAAAGAGCAAGUCACCAGCUACAUGUUGGUAGCCAGCAUGGUGAUAAGAACUCUUUGGGCUCUAGUGGAGAGAGUCUGUGGCUGCACCCGUCACCGCCCUGCGCUUCUUACUUCAGCUGAGGUGCUGGAGCUUUCAGGUUUCGCAGUGGCCAGCACAACUCAGGUGGCCCAGGACGCUGUGAGCAUGAUCGUGUUAGUGCUGGCUGUCACUAUGCUUGUUGUCGACCUGAGAAUGAAGUCCUUCCUGGCCCUUCCCAACCUGACCUGCUUCUCUGUGGUCACUGGGGUGUUUUUCUUCCAGGCCCUAGGGGUACAGACAAAUCCUUACGCUCUGUCCUGCUUUCUCUGCCGGAUCAUCUGCGAGCCCCUUUUGGACAUCUACUUUAGUGGCCUAUCAGCAACUGAGCGCUGGUCGCCUCUUCUGAGAAGAGGAGGCCUUUGGAGGCGCCUUACUCUUCUGCCUCUGCUCACUGUUGAAAUAUCUUUCCUGGUCCUGGCUGGUUUUAAGAUUGGUGAUCUAGAUCGGUGGUAUGUCGUGAUCCCUAGUUUUUCAGCUUCUGGCAUUUUUUGGACCAUCUGCCAUGUAGUGUUCCUGGUUACUCUCUGGGGCUUCCAUAGCAAGCUGAGUGACUGCCAGCGAGUGUGCCUGGCUCAGAGGGCUGAGCAUGGUACACUGGACAAGGUGAUGACUUCCAAGGGCAUGCGGCACUUCUGCCUCAUCUCAAAACACUUGGUGCUCUUCAGCCUCGUGUCCACAGCCAUACUCGGAGUCCUUUCAUGGCAGCCGUCCAACAGCUUGUUUAUUAGUGUGUUUCUACUGGUCCUGCCUCUGGAGUCUCUGGCUUAUGGUCUUUUCUAUGAGCUGGGUAACUGUCUUGGAGGAACAUCUGUGGGUUAUGCAGUGGUCAUCCCUACCAACUACUGCAGUGUUGAUGGUCAACCCAUCCUUCUGCCCCCAGACCUUGUGCAGGACUUGAACCUACGCUCCACAGGCAUGCUCAACAGCAUCCAGUGCUUUUUCUCCUAUCACCUGAUUGAGACACAUGGCUGUGACUACUCCACCAGUGGGCUGGCACGAGACAUCCUGCAGGCCAAGCUCUGCUCCUUUCUGGAGGCACACACGGCUGAUGGGCCACGCUACGACACAUAUGUGCUCUUCUAUAGCGGCCACACGCACCGCACUGGAGAGUGGGCUCUGGCAGGAGGCGAUGUACUGCGUUUGUACGAAAUCGUGCAGCUCUGGAAGGAGAGGAAUGGUGGCUGCUGCUCUCGCCUUAUUCUGGUUCUGGACACUGAGAACUCUCUCCCUUGGGUGAAGGAGGUGCGCAGGGUGGAGGACGUCUACGUAGCAGUUCAAGGGGCUGUGCUCUCAAGUUCUGCUGACCUUGAGCUCCAGGAUGUCCCUCAGAUCGGGGAUUUCACCUCUGAGUGGGUGGACUUCAACUGCAACCCCGACAGCUCCGUGCGGUGGGCCGAACGGGGGCGGGCCAUCAUGGCUGUCUACGGCCUCUCCAGAUGUUGGGGAGAUUACAAGCUGCAUCUGCCCACAGGAAGUGAUGUUGCCAAGCACUGGAAGCUCUAUUUCCCCCGCCUGACAUACCCCGUGGUUCAGCUGGCCCACUGGUGUGGUGCUCUAAACUUGUUCUGGCUCUGUGGCAUCUGCCUGCGCUUCCUACGCAGGGUCAAACUGACCUGGUUCCCACCAGCGGUGCUAGACACCAGCCAGGGAUUCAAACUGGUCAGGUCUUAGAGCGGGACCUUGAAUGCACUGCUGUCACCGUAAAUGGUGUCAGAGCUUAAGAGUACAUAGCACUUGGUGCAUAUGAACUUUGUCUGAAGACCCUCAGCAAUGGCAGCUUGUAGUUUCAGUGUUGCCAAAGCAUGAUUUUCAUUGACCUCAGGGAAAAAAAAAAGCAUGUGUACAUCUGUAUGUUUGUGUGAGAAGGAGAAAGGGAUCAUCUAAAAAUGGAAGGAUAAUGUGCAAACGAGGAUAAAAGCAAAUCCUUAUUAUCAAAUUGCAUUUUUUGAAGCAAAAUUACCAGCAAUGGUGCAAGGAGCACAAUCAGUUUACUACGGGCCAUGACAAUAGCACUACAUUGCAUGGUAUUCAGAUUCAAAAGAUCUUGCUGUUACACAGCCAGCUAAUGCUUUAGUUUCUUUUAACUGUCCUUUCUAACUAUUUUAAACACUUCUUCUGGGUUAAGGCUAUGUAAUGUAAUGUAAAGGUUUAAUGAGCACAAGGUUGGUACAUCUAAGGUAGGUUAUCAAGGUCACUCUGAAACAGUGCCAUCAUCACCACCGCCACCACCUCCAUACAGUACAAUGCUAUGGGAUGUCUUUUAUAGCCAUUCACUGUCCCCUGUUUUUGCUGGUCUGAGACAAACUAUUUUUUCAUUGUCAAUAUGGUGUGAGAAGAAAGGUGAAUUACACUCAGCUCAGGUUAUAGGCCACUGAGGUUAGAUUUGUUUUUACAGAUGUUGAAAUAUUUAUACUGAAUUAUUUUGGUAACAAACUUGUCUAUUACACUAGAAAAUAUUUUUGCCCUUUGUAAAUUUUGAUAUUUAUGUUUUGCCUCCAAGCAAAGUUCAGCUUUAAGCAUAAUUUAGUAGCACUGAUUUUGUAUUAUCAAUUUGGCAUGACCAACCAAGGUCAUGUUUGAACUUUUUAUUUUUCGUCUUCAUUUGAUAAUUGAUACAACAGUUUGCACUACAGUUAUAACACGAUCUCUAUUAGAUCACCAGUAUAGUAGAUUUGUUAGGGCCAUUUUCCUGACAUGUUAAAUAGAUUUUUCGCACUUUUUCACCUUUUUAGUCCUGAACCUAAAAGGUUUCCAGAAAACUGGCCAUUUUAUUCAUAUAAACAAGUGUUUUGUUGUGACUUAGACUUCACCAAGAGGCCUAUGUGAUAUCUGAAGUUUGCCCAUUUCUAUAAAUUGUUAAAAAAAAUUCGGAUUAGCUUUGAGGCGAGUUAAUGAAGUGAGUCUGUGUGGCUUACUUGAACAUGGAAAGAUAUAUGAUGUAUACAAGCAACUAUAAAGUGAUGUUUAAAUGGUGCUUACCUACAUGCAUGAAAUCAACUGUAUUGAGAAUGUGUUUUCCAGAAAUAAAAGAAAUUGUACACUUCUUG